AUGUCGGUCGCGACCAUGCUUCAACCAGCCUCGAGAAUGUCUCGAGCCUCCUCUUCCUCGUCCUCCUCAUUUCAGCCCGUCGCCCGACAAAACACCAUGUCCUCGCACGACACGCGGUCCAUCCGCCAAUCCAAGCGGAUGUCCGUGACUGCGCUUUACCUUUCCAUGUCCGCGAAAGAUCGAGACUUGGAGAUCUCCGAUGACCUAGCCCGAGCCCAGAAAUAUCUCCGUGAGCUCAAGUCCAAAAUUUCGUCACAGUCCAAGAAGAACUUCGUCCUGGAGAAGGAUGUGCGGUAUCUGGAUUCGCGCAUUGCCCUGCUGAUUCAGAAUCGCAUGGCACUGGAAGAGCAAAAUGAAGUCGCCAGUCAUCUGGACGAUACGGCCGACCCCGCAGAGGGAUUCUUUCCCAACGACGAACGAACGCAAAAGUACGGCAACUUGCUUUUCCUCCUCCAGUCCGAACCGCGUCACAUUGCACACCUGUGCCGAUUGGUCUCCAUGGCCGAGAUCGAUUCACUGCUGCAGACCGUCAUGUUCACGAUUUAUGGAAACCAAUACGAGAGUCGCGAAGAGCAUCUCCUUCUCACCAUGUUCCAAUCUGUGCUCACCUAUCAGUUCGACAAUACCCCUGAAUACUCCUCUCUGCUGCGCCAGAACACUCCAGUCUCCCGAAUGAUGACCACGUACACCCGUCGGGGUCCUGGUCAGAGCUACCUGAAACAGAUUCUGGCCGAGCGUAUCAACUCGUUGAUUGAGCUGCAGGAUGUCGACUUGGAGAUUAAUCCUCUCAAAGUGUACGAGAGCAUGGUGAAGCAGAUCGAAGAAGAGACCGGCUCGCUUCCCGACUACCUGGCUCGCUCGGUGACCGCCGAAGAUGCCGCCGACAAUGAGCAGGUGCAGGCUAUUAUUGCGCCUCGCCUGAAGAUGUUGACCGAUAUCGCCAACGGGUUCCUGACAACGAUCAUCGAAUCGGUCGACGAGGCGCCGUACGGGAUUCGAUGGAUUUGUAAACAGAUCCGCAGUCUGUCCCGGCGCAAGUAUCCGGAUGCCCAGGAUCGCACCAUCUGCACCCUGAUCGGAGGUUUCUUUUUCCUGCGUUUUAUCAAUCCAGCGAUCGUCACUCCUCGCUCAUACAUGUUGAUCGAUGCUGUGCCCACCGACAAGCCCCGCCGAACCCUGACCCUGAUCGCGAAGAUGCUGCAAAAUCUGGCCAACAAGCCGUCCUACGCCAAGGAGCCGUAUAUGGCCAGUCUGCAGCCUUUCAUCGAGGAGAAUAAGGAGCGGGUCAACAAGUUCCUUCUGGACCUGUGCGAAGUCCAAGAUUUCUACGAAAGUCUGGAGAUGGACAACUACGUGGCUCUCUCGAAGCGCGACCUUGAGCUGCAGAUCACGUUGAAUGAGAUGUACGCUACGCAUGCGCUUUUGGAGAAGCAUAGCCUGGCUCUGGCUCAGGAUCAGAAUUCUCACCUUUCCUUACUGCUGCAGGAACUGGGCGCGGCGCCGCCCCAGGUUCCCCGCAAGGAGAACCGAACCAUUACCGUGCCUCUCUUCAGCCGAUGGGAAACUGCUUUGGAUGACUUGACGGCCGCAUUAGACAUCACUCAAGAGGAGGUGUUCUUCAUGGAAGCCAAGUCCACUUUUGUUCAGAUCCUUCGCUCUCUCCCACCCAAUUCUUCCGUGGCUCGUCGUCCUUUGCGCCUUGACCGGAUUGCCGAGGCCGCUGCCACGCUUAAGAAUGAUGCUGUUAUGGUGCGAAAGGGAAUCCGCACGAUGGAACUCCUAAGUCAAUUGCAAGACAUGGGUGUCAUUGAUCGCUCCGAUGAGUUCAGCUUGCUCCGCGACGAGGUGGAGCAGGAGCUGGUGCACCUGGGCUCUCUCAAGCAUCACGUGCUCGAGGAGACCCGCAAAUUGGAGGAUGUGUUUGCCACGAUUCGGGAUCACAAUGAGUAUUUGGUUGGCCAGCUGGACACGUACAAGUCCUACCUGCACAACGUGCGCAGCCAAUCCGAGGGUAAAACUCGGAAACAGCAGAAGCAACAAGAGUUGGGACCAAAACCGUCGCGUCGGGCCAACAUUUACUUCAUGUUCAAGAGCCCGCUCCCUGGGACCUUUGUGAUCAGUCUCCACUACAAAGGUCGCGCUCGAGGCUUGCUGGAGCUGGAUCUCAAACUGGACGAUCUUCUUGAGAUGCAAAAGGACAACCUAGAGGAUCUCGAUUUGGAGUAUGUUCAGUUCAACGUCACCAAGGUACUGACCUUGUUGAACAAACGAUUUGCACGCAAGAAGGGAUGGUAA